AUGAGCACCACUCCCAGCUUUCAAGUGGGUGCUACGGUGCGUCUACCCCGUCCCGAGGUUCCCAAAUCCACCGGAAGAGCAACGAUCGCUACACUGCAAGGCGAUGACCAAACGGCGUGUGUCAUUUGGGAAUCUUUGGCUCCUGAGCCAAUCUCGUUCAAUGCUUCUACAUGUACUGUUGGAAACCCCAAGCGACGGCUGAAGCGACCUUUUCUCGUGGCUCCUGUGAUGGACGGAAAAGAGGCUGACGAGACAGAAACCACGGUGGAACUAUCCGAGCUGCAGGCACUGUUGGAUUUUGAACUCACAACAGAAAAGCACUCUGACGAUGUGGCUGUGUGGAAAGAAAGAGGCGAUCAACUGUUGCGACUGGGGGAUGCUUCGGCUGCUUGCAGCUACUACGAAGCUGCCUUGCGACUGAGUAGCAUCUUACAAGUGGGAUCCGCCAUUGUGAUGAAAGCAGGAGGACAUGCCAAGAUUGCCGAUGUGGAUUGCUUGGAUGAUGACGACGACGAUGAUGGCAUUGAAAUUUCCCUAGCAGAUGGACAAGAUUUGAAAAUAUCCGAGGCCGACAUUUAUCUCUGUAUUCUCUACAAUGAUGACGAGGAACACCUCCAGGAGCGAAUUCUGCUCAACCUAACGAGAUGCAUGCUGCAACUCGCCGAAUUGGCCAAGCACAUGACAUCACGGCCACG